AAAAAUAUUGUAGAAUUGUAGAUUUAUAAUUUGCCAUUUGGUAUUGCUUUAAAACAAAUCGAUUUUUGUUUACAAAUAAUAUUUUUGUCAUUAAAUUUCAUAGUAUAUAAUUUAACAAUGGGUCUCUUCGGUAAAUCACCAGAACGGAAUCCAAAAGAAAUGGUAAACGAGUGGUCUCAUAAAUUACGAAAAGAGGGAUAUAAUUUAGACAGGCAAAUACGAGCAAUUCAAAGGGAAGAAGAAAAAAUUAAAAGAUCUUUAAAGGAAGCAGCAUCUAAAAGUGAUAAACAAGUUUGCACUAUACUAGCCAAGGAAAUAAUCAGGUCUAGGAAAGCAAUAAGUAAAAUAUACACUAGUAAAGCACAUUUAAAUUCUGUGCAGAUGCAAAUGAAGAAUCAACUUGCAACAUUACGGGUUGCUGGUUCUUUACAAAAAUCAACUGAGGUAAUGCAAGCUAUGCAGGCACUGCUUAGGUUACCAGAGAUUGCCCAAACAAUGCAAGACUUAAGUAAAGAAAUGAUGAAAGCUGGUAUUAUUGAGGAAAUGGUAGAUGAAACUAUGUCUGGCAUGGAAGAUGAAGAAGAAAUGGAGGAAGCAGCACAGAGUGAAGUUGAUAAGGUGCUAUGGGAACUUACCCAAGGCAAGCUGGGUGAAGCACCGGCUCCGCCCACAGCUGUAGGAGCUCCUUCAACAAGUCAAAAGGUCACUGAGGAACCCGAUGAAAGUGAACUUGAUGAGAUGCAAUCUAGAUUACAGGCUCUACGUUCAUAGAUACGAAGAAUACCCUGGAAGAAAAAAUGCCUUAAUAGAUGUUACGUUUGUAUGCAUUAUAUUGGAAAGAUUUUGAGCACUAUUUUUAAGUUGUAUGAAGCGGGGCUAGCAACGACAUUUUAGUAUGAAUCCUUGAUAAUUUAUCUCUUCCCAAUUCUUUUAUUAUUCCUAGUUUCCAGCCCCGCCUUAUUUAACUAAAUGUAAAGAUAUGUUGUGCGUUAUUUAUUUUGAACUUUAUAAAUGUUAUAAAAGUACUAAGAUCUUUAACUAACGGAAGUAUUAACAGAAAUCGAAUGUUGACGAUUUUAAACUAAUAAUUAGAGGGAUUUCCAUUGUUUGCUGUGUGUUUUGGAUUCAAAAAUGUCUUUAAUUUCACUUCUAAAAUGGUAUAAAAGCCAUACAGGGAAAUAUUACUGCACAUUGUCAAUUUUUGAUAGUCAUACGAAAACUUUUCUAUAAUACAAUUUGUAUGAAGAAGCUUUACGAUAUAUUGAGAUAUUUGACAUAUUUGUUGCAAAAUACGUCAAUUGUUCUAAUGUUACGCGAACUACGAUUACUUUGUCUAACUUGGCUAUAAAGCCUAUAUUUUUGAAUCCAAAAUAUUUUGAGCAGCGCCUAAAUUUAAUAAAAUUAUGUGGCAGUUGCAAUGUUAUUUUAAACGCUUAUUAAAAACUGCUUAUUUAACUUACACUUACUUAAUCACAAAUAAUUGUAUUUUGUGAAUCAUUUUAAGUAAUAUUUUUAAUUGUGAUAUUGUUUACAAUAAAUUUAUGAAUUAAAUAUU